CGGUCCCCGUUUACAACGUACAAGCCACAGGAACAGGGACUGGGACCUCACGGCAUGGAAACCGAGAAGGUCCAUUUCUUCUUCUUUCAACGCACUCGACUCUCGACGGUCGAUGCUCCCAUAAUAUCUGACGAUUUGGACAGCCCCAUGCCCCCUUUCCUGGACCUGGAGGGUUGGUCAGCCCGAACCCGGUUACUGACCUGCGGCUGCAGGCACGACACGGACACACCACAAGACACCGGUGACGACGGUCCACAGCAACAACGCAAGCAGACCAGAAACAGAAAUGGCAACAACCUUCCAGGUUCUUGAAGAUGCGGCUCCACUACAGAUCGUUUCUGGGCGGUGGGGAUGGGGAGGCCGGAGACCGGGGCGAUUGCCGCGAGGGAAGCACAAGCCAGGUCAGAGCCAGGCUGCCAGCCAGGCGCCCCGCCAAGUGUCCCACGACAUCGGGAAGAUACGUGACACAGUCGUACAGCAACUUCAAGUCACGUUCACGUUCCGUUCUCAUUACCUUUCUUGGUGUAUGUACGCGGUACUGGGUAUGCCGAGUCAGAGGGCUGGCCACGGGGUCCACUGUCCAGUGGCUCCCGUCAAGACUUUCCACCUUACUCACCUGUCGCAGGAGACUACCCGAAUAGGUGUGGCAAAGCAACUGACAACUCCACGCCGCGGAUAUCGUCAUGGCCCGUCCGGGGCCACGGUCUACACUUACGAAUACGGUCAACGGACCACGGCUCGAUCGCCCGACUCCCUCCCGAAGCACGCCGCCGCGGCCACGCCCCUUGGCCGGCUACGCUACCUAUACCCACCUCCCCACUACACUUACGACUACCUCGACGGUACCUUGACCGGGUUUUUGUCCAUUAUCUCUCGCAUCUUCGCAUAUUCCAGCCGGGUUUCCCCCAUCGUGAUCGGCGUUCGCUCCCCUUUUCUCGUCGUCAGUCGACUCGGAGCAAACGGGAAAUCCAACCAUUCCCCACUUGUUCACACAUUAUUUUCAACCCACUGUUUAUGUGUAUAAAUCAUCGUUCGUCCCUCCCUUCUCUGCGUGCUGUCGUGCCCUUUGGAGUGUCUCACAACAAUCACAGGCUCACAGCGGGCAUCACGGGCGAGACACAUCCAUUCUUGCGUCCUCCCUUCCCUCUUUGUUCACCCCUUUCCGAGAAAAC